CUUUUAGGCGAAAAAUUGUAUGAAUGAUAUUCUAAAACAAUUUUUUUUUUUCGAAAAAUAUUUGCUCACUUAACAUUAUAUAUGACUAUAUUAUAUAACAAUAUCAUAUAACCCCUAAAUUCUUUUGAAACAACAUAAGUAAUAAAAUUUGGUAGAAUGUAUAGCUAUAAUACUUUUUGAUAUACAUAUUGUGAUCAUGAUGAUACCUAAGGAAAUUAAUAUGUGUAUCCCUCCUCCACCAACACAAGCCAAUAAUAAUAGGAUUUGGGGUCAGUUGGCCAUCAUAAAAAUAAUGAUAUGAAUUCCUAAACUCUUAAACCGAGAAGGUUUAUCUGACUAGUAUUCUAACAGGAUUCUUUUUUCAUUUUUGAAUAAUUCGUCCACUCUUUAUUUUUUAUGGGUAUAUUUUGUCCAUCACUUAUUUGUAUGGGCCUUGCCAAUUUUUAACUUUAACAUGAUGAACUGAAAAACAAUCAUGGCCCUAGCUGGAAUCACAUUCGGUUGAAAGAAUAACUAUCACAUUAGUUUUUAGACCUUUAGGAAUAACUUUGGCCCCAUUGAUAGAAUUGGUAGAAGCCCUCAACCCACAUAACAACUUUGGGACCAGCUUACCGCAAAUAUGUGAUAAAGGUUAAUAAAAAUAAAUAAACCUUUUGAGAGAGAAAGCAAUUAUGGAUAAUAUUAUAUGAUGACAUUUAAUUUAAAAUUUUUUGUAAAUGCUUUAAACGAAUAAGAAAUUUUUUUUAUUUUUCUCUAUCAUUUCACAAGAUUUGAGAAAUUAGAUAUGAGGAAUUAAACCUAUUGAAAAAAAGAAUUGGUAUGAAAAUCAAACCUAUUGACAAAGAAAAUUUGUAUAAAUCAUAUAAUGCUAGGUUUUUUAAUUUUUAAAUUUUAAAUUAUUAGCCCGAAAAAGGAUCAAUAAAACAUUUUUAACAUGAUCCUAUAAAUCAUAAUCAAAUGAACAUAGAGUAAAAAUCUUUGUUGAUGGAUGCAAUAGAAUCAACAAUGAUAUAUAGGCCUAAAAGAAUAGGAUUUGUGGCUCCCCACACCCAGUUAAUUAUACAUAUAUAUACCACAUGUAAUUAUUUGGAUGAAAAACAAGAAGAUCGUAUAUGAAGUUACCAUACAUUAUAAAGAGCAUCGAAUAAUACAAUUGUUCCUUGCGGCCCACAUAAAAAAGAAUAUUGCGUCUCUUCUCUAUAUAAAGGUGGGCAAGCAUGACAUUAUUGUUUGCAAGUGAGACAGUUAGUUGUUUGGAGUUCACAGAAGAACGUGAUAUCAACUCAAGGUAAGUGCCUAUUUCUGAUCACUCUCCCUAUAUAAUUAGCUCAUCUUGUUCAUCUUAAUUAAUAUCAAGUAUUGUGGAACCUAAAUCUGCCGGCCCUAAAUCCUAAAAGGUUAGGAUCGUUUUAUAGGCUUUUCAUUUGAUAGAGAUUUAAUACAGAGUUAUUAUAGGGCCAAAUAACCCAAUAAAUUUGUUAAAGAAAACAUAUAUUACAAAAAAAAUACAUGUAAGGAUUCGUAUUCAAUUAUACUCACUUUUGUCAUUUUUCGUCACUAUUUUUCUUGCCCGUUUAUUGACCGUCCACUACUGACCAGUUACUGACCCACAACCCGCACUGACCGGACCCAUUAUGACCUUUUAUUAGAGGUGAUCAACAUGGAUCAUGUCCGAAAAUAGGCUAGGCGGUUUUAUGCACACUGUAACACCAAGAUCUACACAAAGAUUAAGAAAACUUAUUCUUUACUUGAAGAAAUCAAAGCGAACUCGAGAUUACAGCUCACUUGAUGGAUUAUGAUACUAUUUCUCCUGACGAUGAAAUUGCAAACGGUAAAGCUGUGUUUCUAGUCAAAUCUGCCGGCCAAAGCGAUAAAAAACCCAUUCUGGACAGUAUGGCUCUAUUGAAGUCAAUGUAGUUUGGGGUUGAACCUAAUUGUGAUGGUUCCCAAUUAAUCUCGGUGCAGUGUUACUAGCUAGCUAGUAUAACUAAAUAAAACAUGGGUUCUCAAUCCCUGCACUAGUUUUCACAUUUCCUAUGCGAUCAUGUACUAUUUAAAUAUAAUAAUAUGUUUUUGCUUAGACAAUGCAACGGAAUAUGCAGGUCUUUUUUUUCUCGUCCUCGCCAAUUAACCCUUUCCCAAUUGUGAUCAUCGUAGAAGUUCGUCGGACUAAUUAGCUAGGCAUUUUAAAAUAAAUCCAAACAGCGAGGCCAAUAAAAUUACCCUAUAUACAUUAAUCGAUCCUCUAAGACAGUAAAUGUUGUUAUAUAUAUUAAAUGGAUAGAUAUGAACCGAAGAUGUGCUUCAAAUGGAAAGAAAUAACUAAUAAGAUAAAAUUGUAUCUUGCUGAAAAUCUCAACUCUACAAUACGAUAGAAUUUUUGAAGAUAUUCUCAUAUUUUAUUAAAAAUAUUACUUUUCUUCUAUUGUCGUUUUAAUUUUUCUAAAUUGAUUUGAUCAAUCGUAUACUCUUAAGAGAAAGAGAAAGAGAAAAAAUCGGUAUGAAUCCAAAUUUUCGACUAAGAAAUUUUACAUGUAUCAUAUUAUAAAAUACUUCAUCCGUUCGAAAUAAGCAGAUUGAGUAAUUGACACUAUUCAUCAACUAACUUUGACUCAAUCUUCUCGCUACUAGAUAAAGAAAGUCAUAGUCAAGUGGCAUAUUCUUAGAUUCGUGGGCUGAAUGGGUACCAAAAAUUCGGCAGGACCCUUCUAUUCAGCAGCUCACAGCAAGCAUCAACCAGGGACAACCCCACCUUAAGGGCUACUACCUGAAGUAAGGUCACCUCAUGUACAAGGGAAGGUUGGUCAUCCCAAAACACUCACCACUGGUCCGCCUCUUAUUACAAGAAUACCAUGACAGUCCUUUGGGGGGUCACUCAGGUGAUUUAAAAACAUAUAAAAGAAUCGCAGCCCAGUGGUUUUGGCCAGGUAUGAGGAAGGAAAUUCAGUUGUAUGUUCAAGCAUGCCACAUCUGCCAAUAGAAUAAACAGUCCACAUUGAGCCCAUGGGGUCUUCUCCAACCCUUACCUAUACCCACCCAGGUAUGGGAAGAGAUUAGCAUAGAUUUUAUGGAGGGAUUACCGACAUCACAAGGUAAAAAUGUAGUGCUGGUUGUAGUUGACAGACUCACAAAGUAUGCUCAUUUUAUGAGCAUCAAGCAUCCCUACACUGCCCCUAUAAUAGCAUACCUGUUUGCAAGAGAAAUCAUAAGGCUACAUGGUACGCCCACUACCAUUGUCUCUGACAGGGACAAGAUUUUCCUCAACAAUAUUUGGAAGGAAAUAUUCAAGCUACAGGGGUCUGCGUACUACUACCACCCUCAGUCCGAUGGCCAAACUGAGGUGGUGAACAAAAGCUUAGAAUCCUAUUUGCGAUGCUUUAUUAAUAAGGAGCCUAAAUCAUGGGCCAGAUGGUUACACUGGGCAGAAUAUUGGAAUAAUACAAGCCUACACUCAUCCACUAAGUGUACACCAUUCAAAGCUCUCUAUGGGAGGGACCCUCCACACCUCACCCCAUACACAAGAGGGGGCACUCCUAUAUCUACACUGGAGGAGCAGUUAGUGGAGCGAGAUGCUGUAGUGGAUGAUCUGAAGGCACACUUAAUCAGGGCACAACAACUAAUGAAGGGCUAUGAGGAUGGUAAAAGGCGGGAGGUAAGUUUUGAAGUGGGUGACCUUGCAUACCUCAAACUGCAACCCUACAGGCAGAAAUCUCUAGCCAAGAGGAGGAAUGAAAUGUUGGCAGCAAGAUAUUAUGGGACUUUCGAAGUUCUGGAGAAAAUUGGUCCAGUAGCAUACAAGUUAAAACUCCCAGCAAAAGCAAGAAUCCACCCAGUAUUCCACGUCUCACAACUGAAGCACUCAGUGGGACCCCAACCAACCAACCCCACCAUACCACCCCAAAUCUCUCCUGAGCUGAUCCUGGAAAUUGAACCAGAAGAACUCUUAAGCACCAGAGCACCUCUCCAGCACACAGGCCACCCAACAGAAGUCCUUAUUAAAUGGAAGCACCUACUAGCUUAUGAAGCAGCUUGGGAGGAUUUCUCUGCCAUAACUGCCAGGUUCCCGGUUCCCGCUUUCCACCUUGAGGACAAGGUGGCUCUCUUGGGGAGGAGUAAUGCUAGAUACGUACCUGGUGAGAAAUUAAUUACGUAUGCAAGAAGGGACAAAAAAGGAGGGUAUUCACCACACCUUCUAGAAGAAUGAUAGUCAGCACCGAUGAUGAGGCAAUCAUUGGGAAGGGUAUAUUCCUUAUUCCUGGCAGCUAGCAGAAAAGGACAGAGAGCAGGUGGCAGCAAAUGAUUAGAGGAAUGGUAGUAUAAAUAGAGCAGUAGAAUAAGAAAAGGGUAGGUAAUCAUUUGUAAGAAAAGUUGCUUAAGGAGAGACUCACCUCUCGAAUGUGAGAUUAGUUUGUAUUAACCAUUGGUCCACUGCACAUUUUAAUACAUCCAUAUCCCUGUUUUACCCUAUUUCUCUGUGUUACAUUUGAGUUUCUAGCAGGGUUGGGCUUUACACUAGGUUAGAGUCAACGUGAGAAAGGUACGUGGUACAGGCCUAUUUAUGCACCAUUAAUCUCUUUUCAUUUUUUCAUCCAUUAUAUCUCAUAGUCUGCUUAGGGGUCAGGGCUAUUAGUUCCAUUAGUUUGUGAUUAGAUCGCCUAGAUUGCACUUUGCACACCUUUUGAAUGUCUAUCUGAACGCAAAUGUUUUUAGCCAGUGUUGGUUUGUUCAGUAUACUUGUCUAAGGCCUGUAAAAUUUGUUGCUUUUUUGCUGUAGUGAUGGGGUAAUUUAAAUUGGUGCUGAUGAAAGAUAAUUUGUCUUUCUUGUGAUGCAGCUUCUAGAAAUUGCAACGGUUGCAGAUGAGAAUGUGACUACUGUUCAUUCGAAUUCCUUGUUUGUUUGCGUUAACACUCAAAAGAGCAGUUUACAUCUGUUCUUCAUUAUCUAUCCUUUUUAAUGUCAGAAGUCUUAUUGUGAAGCUCUUCAUCGUACGCUAAAGGAUUGCUUGUAUAAGAUUUAUCUUGAUUGUAUCAAGUCAAUGAAUUUAAGUCCAUUGAGAAGUUCAAGAUUUUCAACACCAACAACCUGUGGGUGAACUUGAAUGCAAUCAAAUGGCUUGUAGAACCUGAUGCACUUAAGAUGGAAAUUAUUCCAAACCCCAAGUUUGUCGAAGGAGUUAAGGUUUUUCAACUGAAAAUUGAUGUUGGUGCUGCAAUUAAGGUAUUUGUCAUGCAUUAAUAGUUUUUUUUUUCUGUGCAUUAGUAUUAGGGGGGUGAUCUUAAUGUUCAUGCUUGUUUUCCUUGACAAUUCUUUGAUAAUUCUAUAUUAAUGUACCACGAUCACGAUUUCUUCCAGUGAAGGCAACUUCAGAGUUCAGAUUUGCUUCUUGUCUAGUCGGAUCUAUACACUGUUGCCGAUGGCUUCGUUAUAAAAAAACUCAACUAGAAACAACCCUGCAAUCCCUGAUGUAUACUAUUUUUUAUGCAGACUUAGCCAUGUAAUAUAUGCAUAGUUCAGUGACGGAUUUAGUAUUUAACACCAUGGUGCAUGUGCACCAGCAAUAAAAAAAAAGAAAAAAAAAAUUUCAACCAAUUUACACACGUUUUUUCACAGGUCCAUUUUCAGUUUUCACAUUUCUCAACUCUUUUUUUUUUCUCACAUCUCACUUCUUCUCAGUUCUCCCUUUCCCUCUCAUAGAAUCUCAGAUGCAGUGACCUUCAGUUCUCCCUCAUACGGCGUCACCGGUGGCGGCGCGCGAACCUAAAGACGAUCGUAAAAUCGUGACUUGGAGUCUCGGACCUCCUACUAUUGCAUGGUUACUUUGUAUUGCGUAAUCGGUGUUGCCAGUUGACGUGUUGUGACUUGUCGAUCAGCAGCCGAAGAAUCAGUCGAAAAUUGGUGGACGAUGGUGGACGGACAGCCUCCAAGAGUCGUGACUAAGUAUAUAUUAAUCUGCUCAAUUUGCUUGAUUUCUUGUUUUAUUUUAUAGAUUAAGGUGUAUCAAUUUCAUGAGGAUUGGAAAAUAAAUUGCAAUUUCACUUGUUAUGGGUGUUCAUAUAUCAGAUUAUAUAAUUUAGAA